CUCGCUGGCUUCUCCAGUUGGAUCUGUGGCCACAAAAAGGUAAAGGCAACUAAGACAACUUUAAAGUAAACUGCACUGGGGACCAGAAUUUGAGACUGGGAAGUGUCAGGAAAUGCAAACCAGAGAAAGUUUGGCAGGAAAGAUGUGCAACCUAAAGCUGACAGUUUUCUUCAUUGCACUUUCUGUCACUCUGAGCUGUUUGGAAGCUACACCUAUUGAGAGAUUACUGUCUGUGGCUGAUGAUCUAUCUGAUGGUACUUCCAAGAGACAAGGAUGGAUGUUGCCUGUAAUGUCACAGAAUACACUCCCAGGACUUAGUGAGGAGAUGCCAGAACAACCAGCAGCAAAGACAAAAAGCCACCAGCUGGAGAAGAGGAAGUGCAACACAGCCACAUGCGUGACCCAGCGCCUGGCCGAUUUCCUGGUGCGCUCCAGCGGCAGCGUGGGCGCCCUGUACCCCCCCACCAACGUGGGCUCCAACACCUACGGCAAGAGGGACACGCCAGGGCUGCCAGGCACACAGCCCCACAGCCAUGCACUGCUCUAGGGCCUGCUGAGAAGUUCACUUUUUAAUGUGUCAACAACCUCUUGGUGGUUUGUUACUAGUACAGUCUUAGCAGUGCCUUGUUUUCUCUGUGUGGUUGGUUUAUGUUCACCAUUCUGCUGUGCUGCUCUUUCAACUCCAUUAGAGCUCCAGAAAUCUGCUUGGGAAAUCCCUUUGUAAAAAUUCACCAUGAAAAUAAAUGGAAAAGUAAUUGCAACAAGGUUUUUUUAAUCAUUAUUAUUAUUAUUAAAAGGAUGAAAAAAUAAA